AUCCCCCAAAAUUUGAUUUGAAUUUUGACUGAGGUCGAGUUUGUCGAACUCUUCCGUGUUGUUGGUGAAUUAAAAUGUAUUACGAACCAUAUGUGACAGAACUUGUGGAUUUUGUUGAUUAAAUAUUGAAUUAACACACUUUUAAGUUACAUUAAAAUUAAUUCCGGAACGAUGGCAGCUAUUCUUGGUGGUGGAUUAGGCGGUUUGUCAACAGGUUAUUAUUUGUUGAAAAAUAAUAUAAGUAACAACAAUAACUUGAAAUUACUACUUCUCGAAGCGACUGACUACUGCGGCGGAUGGAUAAAGUCCAUAAAAACUAAAGAUUAUAUAUUUGAACAGGGUCCACGCACGAUCAGACCUAGAGGAACAGUCGGCCUGAAUACUCUAAAUAUGAUUCAAGAUCUAGGCCUCAGUGAGCACAUUUCCGCUAUAAAACCGGACCACCCUGCUGCAAAGAACAGAAUGAUAUACGUCAACAAUACUUUACAUCUGCUACCAUCUAGUUUAAAAGGUAUUUUUCAGAAAAGUGAACCAUUCUCCAAACCACUCAUUUACGCAGUCCUAAACGAUCUCUUAUCACCUCAGAAGGAGUUAAAAGACGAUUCAAUAUAUAACUUUGUUGAGAGGAGGUUUGGUAAAGAGAUAGCAGAUUAUGCUGUUGCACCUAUGAUAUGUGGUAUUUGUGCUGGCGAUGCCAAGGAAAUAUCAGUUAAAUUCCUCAUGAGGUCUCUAUUUGAAUAUGAGCAGAAUGAUGGGGGUGUGAUAAAGGGUGUGUUGAAAUCAUUAUUCAAGACAAAGAACCAGGAAGAGAUUGUGUUGAGUGAACUUGCAAAAAGGGCUGUGGAGGAAAAAUGGAAUGUGUAUUCAAUAAAAGGUGGCCUUGAAAUUAUUCCUACUGUAAUGAAACAAUACUUAAAAGAAAACAAUGUUGAUUUGCAGCUCAACAGUAAAGUAGAGGAGCUUGAAUUUAUUGAUUCCAGCUUAGUUAAUGUUAAGAAAGGAAAUGGCGAAGUAUUGCCAGCUAACCAUGUAUAUUCAUCUAUUCCCUCGCAUGCUUUGGCUAAACUUGUAUCCAAACAACACCCAGAACUGUCCAAACUUUUAAGCGAUAUACCAUUUGUAACUGUAGGUAUUGUUAAUUUAUAUUUUUCUACACAGAAACCUCUGAUCACACCAGCUUUUGGUUUCCUAGUACCUCCGAUUGAAAAUUCUCCAAUAUUAGGUGUAGUAUUUGAUUCUUGUUGCAUUCCCGAUCAAAAAGGUACUGUUCUCACCGUUAUGUUAGGAGGGAGAUGGUUUAUAGAGAAGUUUGGAUCCGAUAUCACAAAAGAAAAGUUGUUAGAAAUUGCUGUAAAAGAAAUAAAAACAAUUCUUAAAAUCGAUGAAUCAGUUGCAGCGCACCAUGUGAACAUUUUACAUAAAUGUAUUCCACAGUAUGUAAUAGGACAUUAUGAGCGAGUUGGUGAAAUAAGAGAGUAUAUAAGUUGUAAUAACUUGCCUAUCUCAUUAGUUGGUAGUAGUUACGAUGGUGUUGGUAUAAAUGAUGUCAUUUAUUCCGCAAAGACUCAGGUGGAGGAAGAUGUUAAUAAAUAAGGCAAAUUGUCAUAAUAGAAACAAAAGAGUAAUUAAUGUUUUACAAACUAGAUUGUCUACUUUGUGGUACAUUGUUACUCUAAAGUAAAAACUUGUGAAUGUCCGGCGAGCGUGAGUUUUUUUGACUUUAUUAUUGUUUAGUUUAUAGACUUGUGUAUAUGUAUAAGAGCACUAUUGUGUUUGUACCAUAAAUAUGUGAGGUAUGUAUAUUAAGUUGGUGUAUAUAUCAGUACUCCUACUGUAAGAUUUGUAAACUGUUUAUUUUGAGGUUGAUUUCGAAUAUCACGUUAAAGUAAAAUGGAACUUAUGAACUAUGCUCAAAAUUAUUUAUAUUCCUAUGGUCAGAUGUUUUGGCCAUACGUAUGUAAAUUAAAAUGUACACUGUAGAAAUUAAGUACAUUUUACUUUGUGAAAGUGUACUCGAAAAUUACAUGAUUGGGAGCCUACAAAUCGUUGUACUCAGAGUACGGACUGAAGAAUACUCUACGUUCAUUCUAAUAGGAUGUGCGUUUAAAAUGCUCUGGUUAUUUGUAAUGGUUUGCACUUGACGACAUUUUCUCGGGCAGUUGUAGUGCGCCAGUGGCUGCUACUCAAUCAAGUAACGAAUCAGUCGCAACCCGUUUGUGUUUAUAUAUACAAACGUAAAUUAGGGUGAGAUUUUUUUGCCAAAAGGUGUAUCUAAUCAAACGAAAUAUAAGCUAUCUUCGGGGAUUUCGUGAAGACCCCAGGAAAUUCUCAAAACAAAGGAUAACGUUUUCCCCUGCGAUAUGUACAUUUCUAUGUAUAUUUAAAUCCGCCUUUAAAUGCGUGAAACAAUGUCGUCUUGUGCAAAGGCACUAAACGCCACUAAACUUAAAUAAAAAAACUCCAAUAAUUAAUAAUAAAUACGAAAUAUUAUACAUUUGUAUAGGUAUCUAAAUCCAGUUUCUGAAAGACCAAUCAAAUCAACUUUUAACUAUAAUGGUGGUUAAAGUUAACAAGAAAUGAAGUUUCAUCUUAUUAUAAGACGAAUUCAAUUGAUUGCUCUAAUAUUCAUUUAAUAAAUUCUGUCGGUCAGUUAAAGUUAUAUAGCCAUAAGCUUAAGAGGGCUGUUUUGCACUCAAAUAUUUGUUUUUUUCACUUGCUAUUAGCAGUUUUAGUUAUAUAGUUUUCAAAAUACGAACUCUUCAGUUUUAUAAUAAUUACUCCAAUAAUUGAUCAGCGUUUCAGAAACUGGUCGUUAGAAUAAUUAUUGUUACUAAGGGAACCAUAGAUUUUAUAUCGAGUAGUAAUAUUAUACAGACACAUAAUAAAUUAAAUAUGUGAGAGGAGAUAUUUAUAUAUUUUCUG